AUGGCACUUGGAAGCAUUCACAAGCACACAGAAGAAAAUCCUCUGCCUAUGGCAGAACAGAACAAGAAGAAGAUGCAGAAAGCAUGGUUCUAUGAAGAACAUGGUCCUCCAGAAGUACUCAAGUUAGGAUAUAUACCAAUCCCAAAUCCCCAAAUGAAUCAGAUUCUUGUCCAAGUUAGAGCUGCUGCCCUGAAUCCCGUUGAUUCCAAGUUUCGCCGAAAACCAGUAGUAUCAUCAACUUUCCCUGUAAUCCCUGGCUGUGACAUGGCUGGUGUUGUGGUAGCAAAAGGAGAAGGCGUUUCCAAAUUCGACAUCGGUGAUGAAGUCUAUGGCAACCUCCAGGAUUUCAAUGUAGUGGAGAAGUUGAAACAACUAGGUGUUCUGGCAGAAUUCGUAGUUGUGGAGGAAGAUUUGGUCGCGAAGAAACCCGAAAACCUGUCUUAUGAGGAGGCGGCAAGCUUACCGGUUGCGGUUCAAACAGCAGUGGAAGGAUUCAGAGUUUCAGGCUUUCAAAAGGGACAGACAAUCUUUGUAGUUGGAGGAGCUGGUGGUGUUGGAAGCUUAGUUGUUCAGCUGGCUAAACAUUUGUAUGGUGCUUCUUUCGUUACCGCAACUACGAGCAGCCCGAAAGUCGAGUUCUUGAAGUGUUUAGGAGUUGACAAGGUUGUUGAUUACACAAAAACCAGAUACACAGACAUUGAGGAACAAUAUGAUCUUGUCUAUGACACCAUUGGCGAUUCUAAGGAUUCAUUCAUUGUGGCAAAAGAUGAUGGAUCUAUAAUUGACAUAACAUGGCCACCAUCGAAUCCAAGGGCAGUGCAUUCCGGCUUGACAGUUUCCGGCGAAAUCCUUGAGAAGCUUAAUCCAUACUUAGAGACUGGAAAGCUGAAAGCUGUGAUUGAUCCCAAAAGUCCAUUCCAUUUUUACAAGGUUGUAAAUGCUUUUAGAUACCUUGAAACUGGAAGAGCUAGAGGCAAGGUUGUCAUCUCCCCCUUCCCUUCUUUCUCCAUUGAUCAAACAGUUGAUGAUUUCCCAGAGUUUGAUAUGAAAAGAUAG